AUGACCUCCUUCCUCGCGACAGUCCUCCUCCUGCUGCUGUCGGGGCUCCUCGCGACAGGGGCCGUGGCCCAGGACCUCGUCGCCGAGCUCGACUACGGCACCUUUGAGGGCACCUACUCGGCGAGGUACAACAUCUCGUACUGGCAGAAGAUCCCAUUCGCCCAGCCGCCGGUGGGCGACCUCAGGUUCCGGGGCCCGCAGCCGCCGCUCCCCAUCACGAACGGCACCUUCAACUCCAGCCAGCCCUUCGACAUGUGCGUCCAGCGCACAGUCAACGGCUCCGAGGACUGCCUGUAUCUGGGGCUCUACUCGCGGCCGUGGACGAGGGGCCAGCCCCUCCGCCCCGUCGUCGUCGUCUUCUACGGCGGCGCGUUCAUCCAGGGCAGCGCGUACUUCAGCAUCCCGCCCCCGGCGUACCCGAUCCUGAACGUCUCGUCCGAGACGGACCUGGUUUUUGUGUACCCAAACUACCGCACCAACGCCUUCGGCUUCCUGCCCGGCAGCGAGGUCGCCGGGGACGACGACGGGUCGGACCUCAACCCGGGCCUGCUCGACCAGGACGCCGCCAUCCGGUGGGCAAAGAAGCACGCCAGCAGCUUCGGCGGCGACCCGGACUCAAUCUCCAUCUGGGGCCAGUCGGCGGGCGGCGGGUCGGUCGUGGCGCAGUCCAUCGCGCGCGCCGGGGCAGCCGACCGGCCGCGGCUGUUCAGCAGGGCGCUGGCGAGCAGCCCCUUCUGGCCCAAGACGUACGGCGGCGACGCGCCCGAGGCGCAGGCCGUCUACGACAUGUUCUCGUCGCUCGCGGGGUGCGGGACGGGCGCCGGCAGCCUGGCGUGCCUGAAGCAGGCGGACCUGCAGGUCCUCCGGAACGCGUCGCUCGCCGUCGCCGUGAGCCACACGUACAACUCGAGCAGCUACACGUGGGCGCCGGUGGUCGACGGGGCGUUCCUGACCAAGACGCUGAGCGAGGCCGCGGCGGCGGGCGAGGUCAACAUGGAGUAUGGUUGGGGCAUGUAUAACACCCAAGAGGGCGAGAACUUCAUCCCUCCCGGCCUCGCCAACGUCCAGGACAGUGGCACGCCGCCCUUUAACGCCAGCACGGCGAGCUUUGAUGGCUGGCUCGCGGGGUUCCUGCCCGGCCUGUCCCCGGAAGAACUGGACGAGGUGAGGUCGCUGUACCCGGAGUCGGGCACCGCCGAGGCCGUCCCCAGCUACAACGGCUCCUACACGCGCGCUGGGCUGGUGUAUAGGGACACCGUCCUGGCCUGCCCGGCGUACUGGUUAGCCGGCGCGGCCCCGGAGGGAAACCACCUGGGGGAGUACUCCAUCUCCCCAGCAAAGCACGGCAGCGACACCAUCUAUGUUGGUCCUCCGUCCCAAUCUAUUAUCUUGAAGAAGCACACUGACACAGCCAUCACUCAAAACCAGUGGAACCAAGUCAACGCCGCGCAGGUGUCUGACCCGCUCCACUACAAGGGCUACGCGGGGGCGUUCGCCUCCUUCUUCAUGACGUCCGACCCGAACGAGCUGAAAUUGACUGGCCUGGACGAGGCCGGCGUGCCGCCGCUGCUGUCCUCGGGGAAAGAGUUCAACAUCGACGCGGCCGGCUUCGCCCAGCUCGAGCUCACGCAGCUCAGGGGGCGGUGUGAUUUCUGGAAGAGCGUCGCACCCAAGAUUCCUAUAUAG